AUGGUCGUGACCAACUUUUCCAGCAUGCUCCGAUCCCAGAACGGCAGGUCGUUGGGCGUCAAGCUGCGCAUCACCACGGGCAAGAUCAAGGCGUUCUGCCUGUUUGUCUUUGUCCUUUGGCUUGUGCGAUUGGCAUUGCAAGUGCGCCCAUCCCUCUCGCCACUGUAUGCCAAGCACGUUCGAGAGCUCGAUGCAGCCGCACACGAUAUUUGGAUGGACUACAUCGUCACACAUCCUGUCGAGGUCGACGAGAGGUACGGUUUCAGGGAGAUGGGCUUCCGCGCUCACGCUUAUGCAGAGAUGGCCAGGACGCACCACAUAGGCCAGCUGGAACGCAUUGAGGAGAGGCUCUGGUCGUUCGCCCCGGGCGCUGCACAGAUUCGAAAGCAGGCUCUGCAAGUAACUCCCGUGCGCCCCGCCGAUGCCGGCAGCAAGCAAGCAUCGUCGAAUGCACCGCCCUCGGUCGAGUCGAUCGUGAAGACGCUCUUGAAAAAGUCAGGCAGUCUCACGCCGAAUCAGACCUCGGAGCUUCUCACAGCAGCACAGAUCGAGGACGAGGCGAAGGGCGGUAAACGACGAGGAAUCGUCAUGGCCGUGUCGCGCUUUACGGUGCUUGCGGCCAUCCAGACCAUCACGGUGCUCCGAGAGAUGCACGGCUGCCUCCUGCCUAUCGAGAUCUUUUACCACACGGACGACGAGCUGCCCGCUGCGCUCGUGGAGUUGCUCAAGUCGCUCGGUCGUGUGACGGUGCACGACAUUGACACUCUAUCCAACUUUACCGCAGAGCUCGAGGACGACGCAGGUCGCUACCCUGGUCUCAAGGAGACGUGGGAGCGUCAAUCGCUUGCACUCCUCGCUUCGUCCUUCCAAGAGAUACUCAUCGUCGAACCGCAAGUCGUCUUCCUCCAAGACCCGGCCGAGCUGUUCUCGCAUCCCACUUUCGCCAGCACGGGCACGCUCUUCUUCCGCUCCAAGGCGAAACCCGUGGACAAAGCGUCUCAGUUCCUUGUUGCCUUCCUCAAACGUCAGAUCGAUCAAGGCGCACCUUCCAAGGAGCUGGCCGAGAGUGCGUUCUACUCGCACUCGAUCGGAUCGAGGAUGGACAUGGACGUCGUGGUGCUCGACAAAUCCAGACCGGGAGUGCUCUCUGCGCUGUUCAUGAAUGCAUGGAUGAGGCGAAAGACGGUCAGGGCCAUGUUCUGGGGAGCGUACCCAAAGAUGAUGAACGAAGGUCUUUGGCUCGCCUUUGAGCUGGCCGACAUUGCCUAUGCGUUCGAAAACACAUGGCCAGGCGCUAUCGGUAGAUUCGAUGGCGAGUGGGACGAUCACUCUCCCGUCAUCUGCUCGCCGCGCACCAUCCAGUUCCUGUCGCCCCACGUCGCAGAGGGCAAGCUGUCGCACAAGUACUUUUCCCUCUUCCAGUCGCAGAGCAGCAGCAGUAGAAAGGGUACCAUGGGCAAGCCUAAGGCGAUCGCUGCGGGCGAAAAGCCGUUCUGGUUCCACGGCGGCUUCCUCGUUCCCGGUGAGAAAGUCGAGAAGUACUACACGCCCAACGUGUAUGCCCGAAACAUGCCUCCGUACACCAAUGUCGAGGAAGACCAGACCGGCUCGGACAACUGCCUGUUUGGCGCCACGCUCAACAAGCUCAAGAGCACCACUGUCCCCGCGGCGUUAGAAAAGGCGAUCGAGAUUGCACACGAGGCAUUCAAAAAGCACCAGCCAGUCUUGGUGUACUACGCCCCCAUCCCCAGGCUUCAAGCCGAGCCAUCGCCGGGUGAUAAGGAGGACGACGAUGAGUAG